UGCCCUUAGGCCGCCUGUCGCACCUUGACUGCUGCUGUCCGCGCGAGCCUGUUUGUGCUCUGUGUCCUGUGCACACGCCUUGCAAGCGACAGCGCCAUGACUCUGACUUCCAGCGUACGAGUUGAAUGGAUCGCAGCAGUUACCUUUGCUGCUGGGACAGCUGCAAUUGGUUAUCUAGCUUACAAAAGAUUUUAUGCUAAAGAUCAUCGCAACAAAUCUAUGGUAAACCCGCACAUCCAGAAAGACAACCCCAAGGUAGUACAUGCUUUUGACAUGGAGGAUUUGGGAGAUAAAGCCGUGUACUGCCGUUGUUGGAGGUCCAAAAAGUUCCCAUUCUGUGAUGGAUCUCACACAAAACACAACGAAGAGACUGGAGACAACGUGGGACCUCUGAUCAUUAAGAAAAAAGACACUUAAAUGGACAGUUUUGAUGCUGCAAACCAACUUGUCAUGGUGUUACCUGAUUGUUUAAUUAGAAUGAUUACCACUUCUGUCUGAUUCACCUCCCCUGGGUUCUUGAUGUGAUAUAUUGCAAUCUUCAGCUUUCAUAUUCAUGGCAUCUGCCUUACUUGUUGAACCAUCGUGGUGCACAUUUGUUUAAACAAAAAGAAAGGAAAAAGUAAAAACCAACCUCAUAGCCCAUGGGUUAUUUUGGUGUUGUAAGGAUCCGUUUCUUUACAUUUAAAAUAAUGACAUUAGAACAUAGUUGUGCGUUGACGUUAACAUAUUAAAUUAUUGUCAAAAUCAUAUAUAUGCAGAUUGUACUUGUAAGUUUCAAAGAAAAAUUAUCUUCUUUUAAUACUACUUAGUUAACCUAGAAAGUAAAUUGAAUGUGAUUAAGCUACAUUAAUCUCUUAACACAAUCUAGGAAAAACCUCUUAAGAUCUUGAUUUUCUUCUUGACCCUGAUCAUGGCUCUGAGAAAAUACGGCUUCUAUGUUCUCAGAGUUUUCAAUCAAAAUGAACUUUGAAUGUUAUUCUGCUUAAUUAUAAGUGGGCCAGGUCAAUAAUAAAGGGGUGGUAACUUCUUUGUA